UGCCACUCCACCACAGACAGCCCUGAAAGCUACAUGGAAUGAUAUAGAUAAAGUUAAUGCCGUAAGAAGAAAGGAAAGGGGAGUAGCAGUACUCAAACAAGCUCUAUAUAUUUUAGAGGUUGAAGGGUGCAGAGUGCAGAGAGUAGAAGGGCAAAAAUAAGUCCAAAAAGACACCAACAAAGCAUAAAGGAAAAGGAAGGGUCUAUUGAAGGCAAAGGAUAAAAGGGGUCAUUACCAUACACACCCUCGUGGCAGAAAUAUAAACCUACCAAGUGAAAGAGAUUUUGAGAGAGAGAAGGAAUUAGAGAUUCAAAACCCUUUGGCCUUUUUCUUUCACCACCCACCCCAACAAGAGAAAGUAACUGAUUGAUCCUCAGCAUGUGAUACAAUUACAAGACAGAACUAGAAGAGACCACCUUGCAUCAAAUGAAUUAAGAAUAGAGGGAGAUGAAAAAGGAAUUAGAAGAUCAAGGCCAGUGUUCCUCUCAACCAAUCAAUAACACCACCAACACCAACACCAUCAACAACAACAUUCAAAGCUUCCAAGAGCAACUUCUCAUACAACAACAGAUGCAUCAUCACCAGCAGCAACAAAACAGUGACAUCUUUGGAGGCUCAAGAGGGUUAAUGUUCCCUGAUCAAGUUCCUCCAAUCUUGCAACCAUGGUCCAUGCCUCCGGUUCACUCGUUCAACUCCAACCCGGUUCACUCAUUCAACCCCAACCCGGUUCGGGACCAUGACCAAACUUUCCUUGUCCCUCCCACACCUUCACCCUAUGCAAGCUUCUUCAGCAGAAGGGUCCCUUCUCUUCAGUUUGCAUACGAGGGUCCCUCUUCUGAUCACCAUCAUCUGAGGAUCAUAUCUGACACACUUGGACCCAUGGUUCAAACCGGUUCAGCCGCCUUUGGACUCCAAGCCGAGUUGGGAAAAAUGACUGCACAAGAAAUCAUGGAGGCUAAGGCUCUUGCUGCAUCAAAGAGUCACAGUGAAGCUGAAAGAAGACGUAGAGAGAGAAUCAACAACCACCUUGCCAAGCUUCGCAGCUUGUUGCCUAACACAACCAAAACAGAUAAAGCUUCACUAUUAGCAGAAGUGAUUCAGCACGUGAAGGAGCUGAAGCGCCAAACCUCACUGAUAGCAGAAACGAGUCCAGUUCCUACAGAAUCCGACGAGUUAACUGUGGAUGCAGCAGACGAGGACGGAAAGUUUGUGAUCAAAGCGUCACUGUGCUGUGAAGAUAGGUCAGAUCUCUUACCUGACCUCAUCAAAACGUUGAAAGCCUUGAGACUGAGAACCCUCAAAGCCGAAAUCACGUCGCUUGGAGGACGUGUGAAGAAUGUGUUAGUCAUAACUGGUGAUGAUGAUAAUAAUAAUAAUAACUCAAACACCAAUGGAGAGCAAAGCAUGCAGCAGCAACAACAACAAUAUUGUAUUAGCUCAAUACAAGAAGCACUCAAGGCAGUGAUGGAGAAGAGUGGUGGUGAUGAAUCAGCUUCUGGGAAUGUUAAGCGCCAAAGGACUAAUACUAAUAAUAAUAUCAAUAUCCUUGAACAAAGGUCUUUAUGAUCCAAUUCAUAUAUAUACUUUCUCUAAUUAUUUAAAGACCUAGCUACUUUAUAUUAUAUAUUAUUAGUAGUAUUGGUUUUUAUGAUAUGUUAGCAACUCUUGUUCUAACACUCUUUCUAAUAUUUUUUUUACUAUUAUCGAUUGAAGAUCAUAACUUUUGGUGGGUUUUAUUAUUAAAUGAAAGGUAAGACCUACAAAAUUUAUGAUUUUUAAUAACUUUCAACUAAUGUUAAAAAGAGUGUUAGUAAAUGAGGCUUAGAGAGAGUGUUGGAGGCAUUAUUCUUAGUAUUAUUUGCUUUUGGGUUUGGUUUUUGGUGUGUGAAAAAUGUCAUUGGUUAUAAUGUUGUAUUGGGUCAUCAUCAUGAAGCAAUGAGGUAAUGGUAUAACGUGGUGUUUGUACAUGUACUUGUUUGCUUGUGCUGAAUCCAAAGAGAGAGAAGGAAUAGAGUUGGUUAGGGAAAGGAGCAGAGGAGGAUCUUUUUCGUGGGAAGAAAAACCUUAUAUGAUGCCACUAACAUGGAAAAUGAGGCAUUGAUUGCUCUGUGAGGAGAGAAAUGCCAUAUCUGCAUUAAAUUCAAACAUAUGUGAUGGCUGCAGCAACUGCUAAUAGGGGUUGUUUUGUUUUGAAGUUUUCUUCUUCUUGUAUAAUAUGUUUGUUUGUUUGUU